UAGGGUCCAGCGUGCUACCUCUGGCUCACCUGUUCCUGGAGCAAUGUCUUCCCAGCAGCAGCAGCAGCAGCAGUGCCCACCCCAGAAGGCCCAGCAGCAGCAGGUGAAGCAGCCCUGUCAGCCACCCCCUGUCAAAUGCCAAGAGACGUGUGUACCCAAAACCAAGGACCCACAUGCACCCCAGGCCAAGAAGCAAUGCCCACCCAAGGGCACAGCCAUUCCAGCCCAGCAGAAGUGUCCCUCAGCCCAGCAAGCCCCCAAGAGUAAACAGAAGUGAGGAUGGCCUGGAGAUCAUCACCUGUCCACCAUCCAGGCUGCCAGAUGGAUGGAGCCUUCUCUUCUUCCUGCUCCUCUUUUCUC